AUGGCUUCCCUCUUUCAAUGUACCGCUUCAAAGCUGCCAUGUGCUCAGAUUCUGAGACAUCCUUCACUUAGGAAGAACUUACCAGUGAUUUCGACUUUUUUCAGUACAACAUCUAGUCAGAACGCGAUAAAAACUGUAACAGUCAUUGGUAGUGGACUUAUGGGUUCUGGAAUUGCUCAGGUACAUUCGUAAAUGAACAGAAGAAAUUCAUACAUCAUCAAAUAAAUUGAUGCAUUUUUUUUGUGGAAAUCUAUGAAUCAAUUUUCAGGGUUUUUUUGUGUCACAUCGUGCUCCAUUGAAUCAAUGAGCCUUUUAAGGUUUGCGUGAGUUGGCAAUUAUGAAUGGACAUGUGAUGACCUUGAACAACCUCUAGGUUAUGAAUGAACCUAUUCUUAACUCAUUCAUCACCGAAAGAUUGUCAAAUUUUACACCUUUUCUCAUUGCAAGCUGUGAUUGGUGUUCCGUUCUCGCCGAUUCGAUUUUCAACAAUUUUGAAAUUGUUGAAUUGAACAUGAACAUGAUCAAUAUAUCUUGAAGUCCUGAUUUCCUAUUGUUAUAAUGCACGUAGUUUUUUAAAAUACUUCUUUGACUUUAAAAAAGUGCGACCCUCAUUUCUUAAAGUGAUAUUGGAAUAUGCUUAGCAGAAGAGGGAGGUUAACCCUGUGGGAGAUUUUUUAGUUUUCUUUUGUGCAGCUUAUAGACACAAGUUUUACUCUGCCAUAUCAGCACAUUAUCAGAAAGACAGGCGAUGAGAGAUUUUACCCUUCGACCUGUAAGAGUUACUAGCAUCUAAAUUUCUCCAAAAAAUAUCACUCAGAACACUGCAUUAAGGUCACAAGGAUAGAGGAAAUGAUUACCAUCUGAAGAGCUCAUGAUCAUUACACAAAUAUUAUUAUCCUUGUUGGCACCAUAGCAAAUGUAUAGAGAACAGUAUGGAGAAUUUUUAUGCUGAUGUUUGGGUGUAAUAGGAGUAGUAGAAGAGUUUUUUGUUUAUAGGUCAAUUUGAAACUUUUGAAUCUUGGAUUAAUUUUUAGGUAGCAGCAGCCACAAAUCACAAGGUGACAAUGGUGGAUCAAACAGACGCAAUUUUGACAAAAUCUUUGAAUGCCAUCGAGAAAAGCUUAGAGAAAGUUUCAAAGAAGAAAUUUAAGGAUGAUCCUGAGGUAGUGUUUUAAAAUUAUCUAAUAUUUUUUAGCAAUAUUUUGAGAUCCCAGGCAAUAACCUCUUAACCUCUUAAGGCUUGUCUGGAAAUGUGUUUGAAAUUUAAGUACCGCUGCCCUUGUUUGAAAUUUGCGUAACAACCAGGAUAUUAUUUACCAGAUUUAACAAAGACUCGAUCCUUUUUUUCUUUUCCUGGUGACCUGUUAAAAUUUUUAGGAAAUACGAGAAAGGGUAUGCUUGAUUCAAAAUUAUUAGUUUUGCCAAUAACAACAGUUCAAACUGUUGGUAAGUUUUGCCUUUUGAUUUUGUGUAAGCAGACAGGUCAUGACAAGCUUUGCAUUGGGAAAAAAAUUUAUGCAAGUUAAUUGGCUGCACAUUCAAUGUGCAGCCAGCUAAUUUGCACAAUUAAUUCAAGCCAAGGUUUGACACCUUGGUGGCAUGAGGUGUUUGCUGAACAUUCCAGGACAUCUGAUAAUCGCUACAAAAAAGUUAAUAAAGCUUCCCUUGAAUGAAAUGGAAAAAACUGCAACUUCCAAUAAUUACAUUUCUAAUCAUUUUCCAGAUACAACUCUACUUUGUUCCUUCAUUUUCCAGAAACAAGAGUCCAGAGAAAUGCCUCGUACAAACUUAACGGGUCUAAUUCGAAAAAACCCAAGGGCAGUACACUAAGCUUAUUUUCUUAGUAGAAACAAUGCUUGUCUUAAAGAAGACAACAGUAAAUUGUUAACACAAGGUCCACAACUAGUUCUGACCAAAUAAACAUAGGUGGAACAAUUUAAAACAGGUAAAAAGAAGAAACUCAAAAAUGGCCUAAAAAGCAGUAUCAGUUAAGCUGAUUUCACCUCUAUGAUCGAAGACCCAGACCUGUACAAGGCUAGCACCAACAAACCCUUCUUUAUACAGGUCAUGGAACUUGAACUUUUAAAGUCCAGAAACUGUGUUGAUUAGAUAAUCCAGAGAAUACACAUUGCUUUCAACUGAUGGUCUCCCUGUUCAGUCUACAAGCUUUGGCGCAAUGCAAUUAUUCAUAUUAUGACCUUUUAUGUGGAAAAGUUUUGGAAUGGCAUUUUUAGCUUUUCUGAAGACAUCACUCAAGCCAAAAUUGACUAUAACAGGGUAGAAGCUGAUCUUUGCAUUUUCCUUAAACACCGUUAUUGCAUUUUAGGUAAUUUUGAGUAAAUUCACUCAUAUGAAUAUCAUUUAACAUGACUGCUGUGUUAGUAGGGUGAAGAAGAGCUUAAAAAUAACCCUCAGGUAUACACUACCCAGGAGGGUAUGCAAGAGAUUAAAAAUAACCCUCAGGUAUACACUACCCAGGAGGGUAUGCAGGAGAUUAAAAAUAACCCUCAGGUAUACACUACCCAAGAAGGUAUAGAAGAGAUUAAAAAUUAAUCCUCAGGUAUACACUACCCAAGAGGGUAUGCAAGAGAUUAAAAAAACCCUCAAGUAUGCACUACUCAAGAGGGUGUAGAAGAGAUUAAAAAGAACCCUCAGGUAUACACUACCCAAGAGGGUAUGCAAGAGAUUAAAAAUAACCCUUAGGUAUACACUACCCAAGAGGGUAUAGGAGAGAUUAAAUAUAACCCUCAGGUAUACACUACCCAAGAGAGUAUAGAAAAGAUUAAGAAUAACCCUCAGGUAUACACUACCCAAGAGAGUGUAGAAGAGAUUAAAAAUAACCCUCGGGUAUACAUUACUCAAGAGGGUAUAGGAGAGAUUAAAAAUAACCCUCAGGUAUACACUACCCAAGAGGGUAUAGAAGAAAUUAAAAAUAACCCUAAGAAAUAUACUACCCAGGAGGGUAUGUAAGAAACUAAAAAUAACCCUCAGGUAUACACUACCCAAGAGGGCAUAGAAGAAAUUAAAAAUAACCCUAAGACAUACACUACCCAGGAGGGUAUGCAAGAAACUAAAAAUAACCCUCAGGUAUACACUACCCAAGAGGGUAAAGAAGAGAUUAAAAAUAACCCUCAGGUAUACACCACCCAGGAGGGUAUGCAAGAGUUUUAAAAAACCCUCAGGUAUAUAUUAACCAAGAGAGUAUAGAAGAGAUUAAAAAUGACCCUCAGGUAUACACUACUCAGGAGGAUAUUGGAGAGAUUAAAAAUAACCCUAAGGUGAACCUUAAACUUAUAAUCAACAGGUUUAAGUAACUGCAUAGACACCUACCGACCGCAAAUGUUGAUGUAAUUCUCAACACUGAUGACAGAAAUAUAGUGCCUCCAUAGAAUGCAUGCUGCAAUUUUUUUUGGAGCCAAAGCUCCUUGCUUAAUCUUUUAACUUGUAAGAUCUGAUCGUUAAUUCUCCCCACUGGCUGCUCCACAUUUCCUCAUAACUUAGUUAAGAGAAUUUAAUUUUAGAUCAAGAUGACAACUUCUACCUAGGAAGUUUAAGUAUUCUCAUUACCUGUUUGCUGGAUAGUGUAUGGAUAUUAUUGGGAGAAGUUGCAUUUUGAUCACUGCUGGGAGUUAAAAGGUUAAUGGUUUUCAAAGUGGGCAUGAGAGAAAGACAUCAAUUACUAAAUUUUGUUUUGUUGUGAAGAUCUCAUAACAUCCACUUAGUAAUUGAGUUGAAUUUGCUUGCAGGCUGGAAAACAAUUUGUGACUGAUACUCUCUCAAGGAUCACGAUAAGCACAGAUCCUGCAGCUAACAUUGCUGAAACAGAUCUCUUGAUAGAAGCCAUUGUUGAGAAUAUGCGUGUAAAGCACAAUCUCUUUGCAGAACUUGAUAAAGCUGCACCCAGGUAUACUAACAUUGUAGCUACAUGAACUUAAUUUUUAUUACUUUCUAUAUUAAAUAUUGAGCUGCAAAUAGCCUUAGGAGUUCUGAUAGUGAUUACCAAGACUUUUUCGCCCUUUGAACCCAAAGAAUGACUAGCAUCUAGUUUCUUCCCAUAUUAUCACCUCUAAAUCAUAUGUGAAGGUCAUGAUCAAGUAAAGGAAAUGAUUACAUGUAGAGAGAAGUAUGGAGAUUAUGCAUACUAAUAAAAAGGCGUAAAGGGCAAAACAUAUCCCUCAUGAAACUGUGGGCUCAAAGUAUUAUGGUGAAUUAUGUGGCUGUCAAAAUAAUGUCAGGAGUAAUUAAUUUUUUUACCACAAUUGGCAGUAAUGUUGCAAUCUGAUUGGCCAAUUUGCUGUUGUGGAUAAGAGUACAAACAAUGCUGCUUGCAUCAAUGUGUCACGCAAUAGUCAUGCAUUGAAAGAAUCUUUUUUUAACACUGAUAUUGUGUCUGUGCCUGGUGAGUCCACAACAGUUUUACUGCAGGGAUGACAAAUAUUGUUGUCAAUAAGAGUACAGACCAUGCUAACUCACAAAGGAUUGGUACUUUGACUAAAUUAAAAUAAUUGUCAAACAAACUAAGUGUGAUUUGAUUUAACUAAUUUAACUCAAAAUCUCAAAAAUCCAGUGAUGAGCUUUUAAUCUAAGAACCUGUCCUUACUUAUGGAUUUGUGGAAGGAAAUAAAGAGGGGAGGAAUGGGAAAGAGAAACACUUGAAAACAAUCACCACAAAAGUGCUGGGGACUGUUAAGGAGCAACUGCCACAACAGUGCUCCAGAAUUAUGAUUCUGCUAAAUGGAUGGUAGUUUGCAUGCAGGGCCUAAUCAUUUAAGCGCUGAAAGAGAUGCAUUUAUUGCCCCCCACCUCCAGAAAGAUUUGGAAAGAUUUGGGACUAGCUGAGGAGAAGUUUGCAGGGGGGUCUGACACUAUCUCAUUAUCAGUGUUAGACCCCUUGUAGACCUUGCAGACCUCUUAUCAAUUAGUCUCAAAUCUUUGGGGGUUGGGGGGUGUGGGGUGGGAAAUAGAAAAGCUUCCUUGAUGGGUUCACAAAGCUUGAUGCUGUUAACUUGGCCAAAUUGUCAUUAAACUAGAUUUCAUGUUUUCUAAGUGUCCUCUUCCUUUUCAUUUCAGUCACACCAUUUUUGCUUCCAAUACGUCUUCCCUACCAAUAGCAGAAAUAGCCAGCAUUACCAAGAGACAGGACAGAUUUGGUGGACUUCAUUUUUUUAACCCUGUUCCUUUGAUGAAGCUGGUUGAGGUGAGCUUUUAGCUUUCUGUAUCACUGCUUUUGAUUAACAUGUUAAUGGUGACUGCAUCUUCCUUAACUGAUGAUAAGAAGUAAUUGAAACAUUCAAAUUUCAUUUAUGGAGUUUUUCAUUGCAAAACUGUCCAACGUAGCGAAAAGUUAUUUUAAUACCGGAGCUCUGAUGUGUUUGCUAUGAUCAAGUAAAGAAAUUUUUUUUGGACCCUGAAAUUCUUCAGAAUAGUUUUGGGUGAUGAUGUAAUCCUUUAAUCCCUAAGAGUGACUAGCAUCUAAUUUCUCCUUACAAUAUCAACCCCUGAAUCAAGCAUAAAGGUCAUGAGAAUAAAGAAAAUGAUCACCUUGACUAAAGAAGCUAUUGAUUGUUAAACAAAUUCUCAUUGUCAUCACCUAAGGAAAUGUACAGUAAACAGUAUGGAGAAUAUGUCUAUUGAUGUUUGGGUGUAAAGGGUUUUAACCCUUUUAGGUCAUAUUUUAAAAUAUGCAUGCAUUUCAUUUGAUCCAGAAUGUUGUCAAAUGUUAAACUGGAUUCUUUUAGGUUAUCCGUAUUCCAGAAACAUCAGAGGAAACAUUUGAUGCUUUAUAUCAGUUUAGCAAAGAACUUGGAAAGGUGCCUGUGUCUUGUAAGGUAAGCAAGAAAUUGUUCUAACUGAGAAAAGUUUUUGACUUCACAGUUAUCUGCUGUGAAAGGCAGUCUUCCAAAAAUUAGCCAUACUAUUCUAGUGUGGUGUAAAAUGUACAGGCUAAAUGAUAUAAAUUUUGUUUCGCAGGACACACCUGGUUUUAUUGUCAACCGUUUACUUGUUCCAUACAUAAUGGAGUCCAUUAGAAUGCUGGAAAGAGGUAAGAAGUGGAGAAUGAUUAGUAAAAAAAAUAGUAAUUAAAUAAAAAUAUUUAUAUAUUGCCAAAUCCACUAAUUGUCCACGGCGCUUUACAUCAACCCUUUAACUCCCAGAAGUGAUUAAAAUUUAACUUCUCCCUGUAAUUUCCAUACAUUAUUGAGCAAACAGGUCAUGAGAAUACUCAAACUUAGGCAGGUAAAAGUUGUUAUCUUGAUCUAUCACCAAAUUCUCUUAACCAAUUUACAAGGGAAUGAGUUGAAGGGGAGAAUUUGUAAUCAGAUCUUGGGAGUUAAAGGGUUAAAAAUUUUUUUUUUAAAAGGGGAAAAAGGAUAACAAUUUUCUUCCCCUUCAGUAAAUGAUAACAAGACUUAAUUUGUUGCAAGUUUAAAAAAAAAAAGAGAUAUUCUUACGAGUUGUAAACUACUAGAUUCAUGAUUAGAAUUACAUUUGUAUUUAAUCCCUAACGGAGGAUUGGCACAUUAAGGUCCCAAGAGAAAAGGAAAUUAUCACUAACUAAAGAAGCUUCUGAUUGUUAAACAAAUUCUCCUUUUCAACACUUUAGCAAAUGUUUGGAGAACAGCUUUGGAGAAUAUGCAUUCUGAUGUUGGGUUUAGAGGAUUAAAAAUGCAUUUCUAUACAAGAGUCGUACACCAAUCCACUCCAAUGUACACCUGCUUAACCCUUUCACUCGCAAGAUCUCACCAGUAAUUCUCCUUACUGGUUGCCAUCCAAUUCUUUUAAUGAGAGUGUGGAGAAUUUGGUGUUGGGUCAACUAAUAAUCUCCCAAUUAGUGGUUUUCUUAUUUGCAUAACAUGUCUUCCUCACAUUGUUUGAUAUUGGAAAAUUUGUCUUGGUCAAUUAUGGGAGUCAAAGCAAGGCGGUUAAUGCGCAGAGAUCUUGUGAAGUAGAGAUCAAGAUUGGUUUGGUAGUGUUUCAAAAUCAGACUUGAAGACUUUGAAAUUGUAGACAUUUUCGGUUUUCUGUGUAGAUGAGGAAGAAGGGGAGAAAUAUAAGAGAUGAAAACGGGAAAUUAUUAAACCCCCCAUUCCCUUGCCGCCUCCUUUUCCCUCACCCCCCCCCCCCCCCCCCACCGAAAAAAAAAAUUAGUCAGUGCAUCAUACGAACUACAGACUUCUUUCUUUUCAGGCGAUGCCUCCGCAAAAGACAUCGAUACAGCCAUGAAGCUUGGAGCAGGUAGGAAAUUGUAUUUUACAUUACAAACUUCAAUUUCAAUCCCACAGACCUCUAAUCCAGAAGGGAAACUAAGCAAAGAUUUUCGGUCUAAGAGAAAAGUGCAGAUUUCUUGGACACAGAUAAACAUCAAUAAGUAUAGUUACUGGAAACUCUUGCUUAUUUUAGCAGAUGUAAGAAAAAAAGUUAUCGAACAAUGUUUUUUAAACUUUUCUUAAAUGUUCCCUGCCAAUGUCUGUUUGGAAAAAUAAAAAAGAUAGGUCACCGUGCUUGUUUAAGAGAUAUGACGGGCUAAACUUAACCCAUUUACGCCUGUAUUGGCAGUAAUCACGCGCGUUAUUUCAUCGGUUCACGGUACAUUUUGCGGUAGCUGGAAGUAAGAGUUUUUAAAGUCACAAUUUAAAAAAAAAAAAAAAACAGGUGGAAAGUCUCGAGCGUAUGAAACAAUUUGAUAUUUAAAUUAUGGAAAAAUCACGAAAUUUCAAAUGACAUCGACUCAAAAUGUUCCUCAAGUCGUUGCUUUCAAGGUCAUGAUUUGCAUCAUCGAGUAACGGGCUUCGUGAACGCUUUUAGCUUUACUUUUUUUUCCUUCGAUGAAUUUUUCCGAUUGAAAGGGGAAAAUGUGAACUCAAAAUUAUGCACUUCUGGAUACGUCCUCUGUUUCCAAAAUAUCUCCCCGUGAGCCCCUUAGCUAAAAUGCGGUGGACUGAAUGGAGGAGGAGUUAGCCAGUGCAAAGAAAGGGUAGAAAAUGAUGCGCGGGAUUUGACGACAAAUGAAUGCACCUGCGGGCUUUGAAAAGAAAGAGAAAGACUUUGCGUGUCCUAAAACAGUGUAAAGAAUUGCGAUUUCUAUUCAAAACCAAUUGGAGGGGAACACUGUGGAGCCAAAUUCGCCCCUCGCGCGCUGAAGAGUGUAGCAGUAAUUUAUGCUUGUCUUAAUUUCAUUCUAAAUUAUUAUCUGUUUGGUGUUAGGUUACCCAAUGGGCCCGCUGGAGUUGGCAGACUAUGUUGGACUUGAUACAACUAAGUUUAUUAUUGACGGUAGGUACCGCUUGAAAUUAGAAUUCAAAUAACGAGUUCUUCUUGAAAUUAGUGGAUAAAUUCUUCUAUGACCAAGUAAAUGCCCUCAAAUUGAAGGCUUUGCAAUCGUAAAAAAAUACCUAGCGUGCGAGCACGCUCUCAUUAUCAGCGCUCCAGUCAGCAUUUCUUCGCGCGCGGGAAAGUAUGAGCAACGCGAGCCAGCAAGAAGUCUGCAAGGGGUCUAGCAUUAUUAGUGCCAGAUCCUCAGCAAACCCCUCCCUGACUUGUCCCAAAUCUUUCCGCGGGCGGAGAAACGCGCGUCUUGCAGCGAUAACAAUGAAGGGUUACUUGCAAGCUUAAAAGAAAAAAAAAAGGUGACGUGCAAAAUGUGUUAUUAAUUUGUUGAUUAUUAUUGUUAUUUUUCUGUUCAGGUUGGCACGAGAAGUAUCCGACUGAACCUCUUUUCAGUCCUAGCGAGAUCUUAAAUGACCUGGUCGCGCGCAACAAGCUUGGGAGAAAGUCUGGGGAAGGGUUUUACAAGUACGAAUAGAUCCCAUGCUCCAGCGGUCUUCAUGAUAACGCAGGUCCUUACAUGAAACGUUACAUCUUGUAGAACUUUAAAAAUUUUAUCAGGUGUCAUUUGAAACAUCUGAUUGGCCCAUUAGAUGUAAUAGCCAUGUUUACCGUCUUGGCCAAUCAUCGCUUGACUAUCUCUCUGGUCUUUCUGGUCCUUAAUCCCCGCUCGUCUGUAUAAGGCAGGAAAGACCUGUAAUCAGAU